GGAUUAAAAUGCAUGUUUCGCAAGAGAGUGACAUGAGAUUGCGUGUAACAGAAAAGACUUUUAUUCUACAUUAAUCAUUGAUAAGAAAUAGAAUGAAUCAAAAUAUUGUUGGAUAGUUUUAGUCUGCUAAACAUUAAAGAUAGGUGGUCUCUAUUUUAAAUUUUAAAAAAAUGCGUUAAGUGUUGCGCUUUAUGUCGUUGGAAAUUAAUCAAAUUAAACUUAGUAAAUCUCAUGAAUUGAAAAUGAUGAAAGAAAUUCCUGAACAAACUCUCAAGAACAAAAGUACGGCACAUUUAAUCCGUUUACUAUGGAAACAAAUGCGAGGAGUCAAAAUGUCACCUUAAAAGUCUGCAUAGAUGUAAUUCUACUUUCAAUAUUUGCAUCAUUUUUAGCCUUGUUUUAUCAUUACUUAACACCUUAUAGAAGAGGAUUUUUCUGCGAUGAUGAGAGCAUCUUGUAUCCAAAGAGACAAGAAACAAUCUCAGACCAAAAACUCUGGUGUAUUUCUGUAUUAGUUCCUGUAGCAUUGAUAGUUUUAACAGAAGCAUACAGAUAUUACAGAAAAACUGACGUAACACAAGACAAUGACAUUUAUUUUUUGGGAUGGAAAGUUCCAUUUAUGUACCAGAGAGUGUAUGUAUAUACUGGAAUUUUUCUUUUUGGCAUCAUCAUGGCAGAAUUAGUCGCCAAUUACAUGAAAAUCCUAAUUGGAAGAUUUCGACCUUCAUUUCUAGUGAUGUGUAAGCCAGAUUUCAAUUGCAGCAAUGCUGAAUAUCCACACUUUUAUGUUGAAAAUUUCUCUUGCACAAACAAGGAUUUGGAUGACGAAGAAGAUCUGAGGAAAUCCUUUCCCUCUGGCCAUUCAUCUGUUUCAACAUUUGCUAUGCUUUAUGUAGCACUGUACCUUCAAAAACGCUUAGAAAUUACUACAAGUUUUUUGGUAAAGCCAUUUAUUCAGCUUCUAUUACUCAUGUUGGCUGUUUUCAUCUGCUUUUCAAGAAUUCGAGAUUACAAGCAUCAUUGGGAUGAUGUUGCAGCAGGCUUUAUAUUAGGCUUCACAAUUUGUCUUGUCAUGAUCUUCACUCAAACCGAUCUGUUUAAAAAACAAACUCAGAAUAAUAUCGAAAUUACAAAAGGUUCCCAAACAUAAAAAGAAUAUUCUUCCUUCAUUUCUGAAAAUUCUCGAGAAGACGUGACAGUUCCUGGAAGAAGAGAAAAUGCUUGAAUAAAAUGAGAUAAGCAAUGGUGAACAUGUUAACAAAGAAUACAUUUCAAUUGUAUAUGUACUCAUACUAUCAUGUGAUAUUCAUGAUAUUGAACUGUCAUAUUUUAAAUUUUCAUAUUUCUUGUAAGUUGAAAGUCUUUAUUUUGUCAUUAAAAUUAUGUUGCUU